AUGGUUUACAGGGUACACAUGUCUCUUUACGGUCUUAAGCAAUCUCCGAGAGCUCGGUUUGGCAUAUUCAACAUUGUAGUACAACAAUUUGAUGAUAUUUCCAUAACUGGUAAUGAUCAGCAGAGACUACUCCAAUUAAAACAAUAUCUCGCGAAUCAAUUUCAGACAAAAUACCUUGGUAAACUCCGCUAUUUUUUGGGUAUAGAGGUAGCUCAAUCUAAAGAUGUUUUGGUGAUUUCUCGGUGUAAAUAUGCUAUGCAUAUUUGUGAAGAAACAAAUUUGCUGAACGCUAAACCAAUUAGAACUCCUAUGGAUCCAAGUGUCAAACUCCUACCCAAUCAGAGAGCUUUAUCUGACUCAGGAAGGUAUAAGAUAUUCGUUAGAAAUUUGAAUUAUCUCACGGUCACUCAUCCAGACAUUUCUUUUGCAGUUAGUGUAGUAAUCCAGUUCUUAAAUUCACUUUGUCAGGAACACAUGGGUGUUGUUAUUCGGAUUCUGAGAUACAUCAAAUAUGCUCCAGGAAAAGGUCUUGUGUAUGAAGAUAAAGGACAUACUAAGAUAUUUAUAUACUCUGAUGUUGAUUGGGUAGGGUCAUCCAUUGAUAGACGAUCCGCCUUUGGGUAUUGUGUACUUGUUAGAGGAAGCCUUAUAUCAUGGAAAAGUAUGAAACAAAAUGUAGUUGCAAGAUUAAGCGUUGAGGCAGAGCAUAGGUCCAUGGAAAUUUUGUUUACUAGUAUUUUAAGUAAACAAUCAUGA